AUGCGAACCAUUCGCCGCAGCGCUCUCGAGAAGCUUGCUUCGCUUUCCGCCGCUUCGCCAGCCCCCGAAUCUGGCAAUCCAGACUUUAAGCGCCUGUACCGCCUGUGUCCGCCUCACGCGCAGGUCAAUGGUGGCCAUGACGAGCUGGACGGUGCCCGCGGAGGUGCCGCGAGGGUGCCUAUGAGCCUGCCCGAACUCGAAACCCUUCUCGCGCUAUGCAAAGCUGCGCCUCAGGUCGUGGACGUUGCAACGGCUGAGCAGCUCCUAAACCAACUCGCCCCCUAUCUCCCCGAGUCGUUCGCCCAGGCCAUUGCGCCCUCGCCGUUUCUCCGAGACCUUGACCCGUCACCAUGGGAGAUUUUGACACGCAGCCUGGCCUUCGCUAUUUUGUCACUUGGGAAAAAUCAUGAAAGGCUCAAGGAGGGCGCGGUCGCAGCUGUGAAGCAGUACGUGGCGGAAUGGUCAGCCUCUGCAAGGUCCCUAACUGGGGAGCACAUGAACGGGGAUGAUGCAGUGGACACUGCGGCCGAUGGCGAUGUCGGUCGUGUCCUGUGCUUGGCUAUGUCCAUGCUUGGUUUCCUAAGUGCUGCCUCAGCAUGCGCCUCGGUCUGGAACCCGGCCGAAAUGCUCGAGCUGAUCGAAAGCCUCCGCAACGCUUUGUCCGAGAAACUUAUAAUCGCAGUCGAAGCUUCCGUUUCGAAUGUUUUGUAUGGCAGCCACGCCAAGAGGACGUUCCGCGAAUGGCGCCGCCAUGCCAAACACUAUGCUGCUAUGGGUCGUCCUCUUGGUGCUCUCCUUAUUCAUCAUGGCUUCAUGCAAGUCGUUGUCGCCUGCACGGCAACCAUUGCUAGCCCCUCCGAGCUUGGAUCUGACAAGCCGAUUUUGGACAAGCUCCAAAGCGCCCAUGCGCUGCGCCAGCCUCUAGAUGCAGCAGCCGAGACAUUGCUCGAAUGUGUUGCCGGCAUUGCCGAGGAAGAGCUCGAGCGGAUCAAUGCCGACUCGGAGUACGUGAAGCGCGUAGGAACGGUUUGGCAGCAGCAUAUCGCCCACGCUGUUCUGGCUGAUGCCCUUGUUACGUAUCUAUGCUGCGCCGUCCUAAACGAGGAAAUAGCCGACUCCGAAAAACUCUUGGACGUGCUCGAGUCUACCCUCUCCGAUGACAUACUUGCAGCUGAUGAAGUACUGGCUUGUGUUGUGCUGAAGAGUAUGUCGGUCUUGGGCAAGUCUUCGCCUGACACUGCGUCCCACCUCAGCAAGUCUUUGCCACGCAUCAUCGUCCAAGGUGGAUUGAAAGAGGGUACUUCAGCCGUUGCUGCCGAUUGCUUGGCUAGUGUCUUGAUGCUGCUCCCACAGGAUGCUGUCAUCACAACUUUGUACAGCCUUGGCAACGUCCUCAGUGGUAAACAAGCGCCGGAGCGCACAAACACCGGCGGCCUGUCUCAGCUCAAUGGAAGUGCGAAGGCCAAUGGUAGUGGCGGCUUGCAGACGCAACACCAGACAGGAAGUACUAUCUCACUGUCUCCCGCGGACGUCGACGAGCCUUCGCACGUCUAUGCUACUGUCAUUCAGACUAUCGUUGGAGUGGCUUGUCGAUGCAAGGAUCAGAAGAUAUCUGAGCUUGCGCUUUCGAUGCUGGUUCAGAAGAUUGGCAGAGUAAGCGUUUCUGUGGAUGCCAAAAUCAUCACAGAGAGCUCCUUGCUCGGUGCCCACUCUGGCCCCGGAGAGCUGAGGGCUCUGCUCAAGCUGUACUCCAAGCUCGCUCGCGAUGCCAUUGUUCAGGACAACCACGUGCUCCUGGAUGCGGUCAUGAAAGGCAGGUGCCAUCUCUCGAGAGAGUUCAAGACCGGGCAGCCGCUAUUUGAAAUCUACCUGCAAUACAUGCUGGACGACAUUGUCAGCAAAGGCGAUGCACAUGGCCCCGAGGCCUCGCCCAUGGCAGACACCGAAGUCGCCGCCCAGGAAAUUGCGCAGCUUUUGGGCCCGCUUGCAAUCUUGAUUUCGUCUAAUGCCGAUGGCCCCGAAGAGUACAUCGAAGACGAGGCCAUUGUGAACCUGCAACGCGAUGCCUGGUUCAACGUUGCUGUCCAUGGAUUCAGCUUGACUUCUCCCCUGGGAAAGAGAUACCUCAACGAGCUCCGAAUACUUGCCCAACACAGCAAGCCGUUGGUUUCUGAAUCCCGAGCUGAUCAGCUUGAGAGUGAUGUUGAGCUCAACACUGUUCUCAGGCGCGGCAAGAGCGCGGAGCAUAUCGUGGAGCAAAAGCGACGUCUUCAGGAGCUGCUCCCCGCAUGCGAAGCAGACAUUAAGUCUCUUGGCUACCCGGAAGUCGUCUUCCUCAACACGGUGCAUCUCGUUGAGGGCCUUCGUGCUAGCACUGGUGACUGCACAAAGACGCUGACCUACUUCUUGGACCCUAGAUUGCGCAACAAGGAAAUGGGUAACUGCAUGGUCGCUAUCGCUGAGGCGGGUGUUCGUUCAUACCUGAAGAAGACCGUCUCAGGCGGGUUCCAGUCCUUCUCUGCCCCCUACGUAGCCCAACAGCUUGCCAUCUUCUUCACUGGCUGCUGUCACAGGGUUCUUCAGGCACAGAAGGUUGCUAUCCAUUGCGCCGACAUCAUCAUCCAGCAAGUGCCCUCCGCUCUCUGCCAGCGCGCUUCGCUCUUUGCUCUUCUUGAGCUUCUCAGCAUGAUGUGGAACAGCUGCCUCGAGAAGGAGAUUGAUGAGUAUGGGUGGUCGUCUACCUUCACGUCAGCCAGGGAAAAUAUCUCCAUCGAACUCUCGGAUAACUACAGCUUCCGCAGAAACACUCUCAUCCAACUCCAGAAUCGCGCAAGGGUCUGGGUCUUGAGCGUGAUGGACAUCGCGCCGCUCGAUAUCAAGGGACUUCUGCAGACCUAUCUGUCUGAGUACGAUGACGACGGUGCCUAUGGUCACGUCUCUCUUGGAAGGUCAUUUGCACUGGAGAUGGGCUCCGUCAUCCCAUCUACAGACCAGCGCCUUGGUGCAAUUGACCGAGAAAGAGAGCUUAACAUCAACACAGCGUCCGAUUUCGUUGCCCAGUACACCAACCGUCAAGAAUACCGCUACGUGGAGCCCAUAACGGACUUUAAUGAUGACUGGAUUCGCUUCGGCAACGAUUCGGAUCCAUUGAUGCGCCGCAGCAAGCAAUACGAUCGCAGUGUCGAGGAUGCGCGGAGAGUGCUUCUUGACUUGGAGCAACGCACUUUGAGUCGUAAGCACGUUUCGAUCGCGGAGCUUCGCGAUGCUCUCAGGCGGGCUGCUGCUCUCCUUUGCCGCAGUCAAAAGGACGAAUGUGCCAUUGCCCACCAUGUCGUUGGCAUUCCUUUCGCCGUCUUCAACAAGCAGUCCAUCAAGCUUGGUAUUUCCUUGUGGCUUAGCAUCAUCAAGGAAAACCCGCGCAUGGAGCCCAGGAUCCUCGUCGAGAUUGCUGAGAACUUCGAAAAGACUGUUCGACGGAGACUUGGCCUUUUCGAUGAACAUUUCGAUCACCCGGAUCCAUUCUUCGUGAAGCAAGAGUUCGCUCCAUCCGACCGGACCGUCAUCAUGAAGCGUCAGCAGCACGCCUACAAUCUGAUUGCCCCCCAUUUCCGGUUGCUCCAAUUCCUCGAAAGCCACUUCAGCGCAACACGCCUUGGUAGCCCCCACGUCGAGCGCGUCUACCACCGCCUCAUGCACAUUACGUUGUCAGCGAUGAGCCACACCACGAACCAUCCCCUGACUCGUGAGGCCCAUUUCCACGUGGUUCUCCUUGGUCUACGGAUCCUUCAGUACAGCACCGGAUCCAAUACGUCUGGCCAGUGGAGGCUGAAGGACCGCAUCCUUUCCGCGGCCUUGGCGUGGUUCAAGGAGAGGCCGAGAUGGUCGUUUGGCGGCAACCGUCUGCAAAUCAAGGCCGAGGCUCAAGUCCUAGUCGACAUUCACAACGCCCUCCAGAACGUUGCCGGUAUCGGUCUGAACACUAAUGGACCCAGGAAGAGUCUGCACGCUAAGCAGGAGUUACUGUUGCUCCUGCUCGCGAGCGAGCACCAGCGUCUUAUGGUCUGGCUCUUCCCUCUUGAGCAGGACAGGCGCCUUCACUUGAUGCCUGGCCACUCGGGCAAGCCCCCGACCGAUGCGGUGUUGUCUGGCCUCUUGAAAACGGCUUGGAAUGAGGACCCCGCAAUUGCGGUGCAACUGGUUUUCAGAUUCAACUCGCUGCGGUUGGCCAAUGAGGUCCGUUUCCUGGUACUCAACUUCCCUGAGAAGGUGCUGGACCAACCGGAUGCUUUGGAAGUGCUUCUUGGGAAGUCAUUGCCCGAUGAUGUGUCGUUCCAGCUCAAGUACCUGAUGUACUGGGCUCCAGUCAACCCAAUGACGGCCAUCACUUAUUUCCUUCCUGCGUAUGGCAACCAUCCUUUCGUCAUCCAGUACGCCAUGAGGGCAUUGGAAAGCCAUUCAGUCGACAUCACCUUCUUCUACGUUCCGCAAGUUGUGCAAACGCUGCGUUACGAUGUUCUCGGCUACGUUGAGCGUUACAUCAUUGAGACAGCCAAGUUCUCGCAGCUGUUCGCCCACCAGAUCAUUUGGAACAUGAAGGCAAAUGCGUACAAAGACGAGGACUCUCAGAUUCCCGACCCCGUCAAGCCGACUCUUGAUGUCGUCAUGGCCAGCCUCGAGAACAGUUUCAGCCCUGAGGACCGUGAGUUCUACGACCGGGAAUUCUCCUUCUUCAACGAGGUCACUGGAAUUUCCGGUAAGCUCAAGCCCUUCAUCAAGAAGAGCAAGCCGGAGAAGAAGCAAAAGAUCGAGGAAGAACUUCGCUCGAUCAAGGUCGAGGUUGGCGUGUACCUGCCAAGUAACCCCGACGGUGUAGUUGUGGGCAUUGAUCGGAAGUCUGGAAAGCCUCUGCAGAGUCACGCAAAGGCUCCGUACAUGGCGACUUUCCGCAUUCGCAAGGAGAGGACCGAAAUCAUCCCCGGCGAAGAUCAGGACAGCAGCGAGGAAGAGAAGAAGGAUAACUACUACGAGGUGUGGCAGUCGGCUAUCUUCAAGGUCGGAGACGACUGUCGUCAGGACGUGUUGGCGCUGCAGAUGAUCUCUGCUUUCCGCGGUAUUUUCAACGACGUCGGCCUGGACGUCUACGUUUUUCCGUACCGCGUCACAGCCACUGCGCCCGGUUGCGGUGUCAUCGACGUCUUGCCCAACUCGAUUUCUCGUGACAUGCUCGGCCGUGAAGCAGUCAACGGGCUCUACGACUACUUCGUCUCGAAGUACGGUGGCGAGGACUCGAUUCGCUUCCAGGAGGCCCGCAACAACUUUGUCAAGUCGAUGGCUGCGUACAGCAUCAUCUCAUACCUGCUCCAGUUCAAGGAUCGUCACAACGGUAACAUCAUGAUCGACGACGCUGGCCACAUCCUGCACAUCGACUUUGGUUUCUGCUUCGACAUCGCGCCCGGUGGCAUCAAGUUCGAGCGCGCGCCGUUCAAGCUCACGCAAGAAAUGGUGGCCGUCAUGGGCGGCUCGACCGACUCGCAGCCGUACCGGUGGUUCGAGGAGCUGUGCGUCAAGGCGUUCCUGGCGGCGCGGCAGCACUGCGAGCACCUGGCGCACAUCGUUAUCGUCAUGCUGGACAGCGGUCUGCCCUGCUUCAAGCCCGAGACGGUGGAGCAUUUCCGGGAGAGGUUCGUGCUGGACAAGACGGAGAGGGAGGCGGCGGAUUUCAUGCGCUUCUUGAUCAAGAAGAGUUACAACAGCUUGUCGACGGGCCAGUAUGAUAGGUUCCAGCUGCUGACGAACGGCAUCCCGUACUAG